AUGUCAGAUUCUAAUACUUUUAAAGUGUUUAUCCUGAGACAUGGCCAAAGUGAAUUAAAUCAUGAAAAUAUAUUCUGUGGUUGGAUUGAUGCAAAAUUGACUGAAAAGGGUAAAUUGCAAGCCGACAAUUCUGCUAGUUUAAUUCAACAAUAUUGUAAUGAUAAUAAUCAAUCUUUACCACAGAUUGGCUACUGUUCAAGAUUGAUACGAACCCAGCAGACUAUUCAAGAAAUUUUAAACCAAUGGAACUUAACUGAAGCGGUUCAAGUCGUUACAGGAAUUGAAUGUCAAUACAACGAUUUGAAUAUUACCAAUAAUGACAAUAAUGAUAAAGAUAAUAAUGAUGAUAUUAACAACAAUAAAAAAAAUAGCAGUAAUGGUAACGAUGAUAAAAAAAUAAUGCCAAUUUUACAGACUUGGAGAUUAAAUGAAAGACACUAUGGCUCUUGGCAGGGUCAGAGAAAACCACAAGUUUUAGAAGAAUAUGGUGAGAAGCAAUAUAUGUACAUUAGAAGAGGCUACAAUGGUAAACCUCCGAUGGCUGAUCUAGACAGAGAAAUGGUACAAGAAAUUAAUGAUAAAGGUUCAUCCACUGGUUACGAUUUUAAAGAACCAAAUAGGCACUUGAAAUAUGGUUUAGAAGAAAAAUCUGGUGAAAUAUUACCAAAUUCUGAAUCAUUAGCUGACGUCGUUAAAAGAGUUGAACCAUUUUUGGAAAAUGUCGUUUUUAGAAUUGCAAAUGAGAACAAUCAAGAUUCUUGUCUAAUUGUUGCACAUGGUUCUUCUGUUAGAUCUAUAUUGAAACUACUUCAAGGAAUUCCAGAUGAUGAAAUUAAGGAUGUCGAUAUUCCAAAUGGUAUUCCUUUGGUUAUAGAGUUAGAAAAGAAAACUUUUAAAUUUGUUAAUAAGUUUUACUUGGAUCCUGAAAAUGCAAAGAUUAAUGCCCAAAAAGUUCGUGAUGAAGGUUUUGCAUCUAACCCAUAA